ACUAAGGAGGUGGUUACGUAACUAUCCGGCGCUACCAACUUCACUCAGCUGUCAAAAUUCACCAUCAGUUCUCCUGAGUGAAAAUCAAUAAAAUUAUUAAAAUUUGAAAAGAUGCUCUACAACCAGGUUUUAACCGGUGUAAAACACCACGUUAAAGGUGCCAUCUGUCAGAGGAACAUUGGCAUUUUGGCCCCUUGCUUACAAAAAGCGACAGACCCAAUUCAACAAUUAUUUGUUGAUAAACUCAGGGAGUACAACCAAAAAAGUGGAGGUGGUAAAAAUCUAGUGGAGCCUAGCCCGGCUAUUGAAAAAGAACUUAAAUCUGAAUUAGAAAAGGCUUCAAAACAAUACGGAGGUGGUCCAGGCGUUGAUAUGACCAAAUUCCCUACAUUUACUUUUAAAGAACCAGUUAUUGAUCCAAUUAAUUUAGAAAAAUAAUUUCUUAAAAAAAAAGGAAAGGUAAAAAAGCGAAAAUUUGUUAGAUUCUUCUGUUGAAGACCAGUUAAAAUAAAUUAAAACAUCAUUCAUAA